GCGGCGCGCUCCGCAUGUCGGCCGCCAUCUUUACGUACGUUCCUUUUUCAAAUAUUAAAAAAGUGUGUGAGUUUAUGGAAUUAAAAAGUGAUUGAAUAGUGGUGAUUCAUUUUAUUUUUUUGUUUUGUUCAUGCAACUAUCAAAUUGGGUACUCAACAAGCAGAGCGUACAAUGGCGACUUACAUCAGAUAUUUACACCGGAAAAACCCUUUUCUACUGGCAAAAGAGAUAAACCUCACUUAGAAGAAUCAAGAACAUGAAAAAUGAAAUUUGAAGUCGUAUUCAAUAUUGGAAAUUUAGACAAUUUCACACUGGACUUCAGAGAUCUUUCAACAUCAAUGUAUCUCACCGACAUUUAUGUGAACAAAACGCUGGAACUCAACGCGACCGGCAACGAUUUGGUUUACUCAAAUCAAUUCCACGACGAGCCAUUUAUAGUUUUUUUAGUCGUGUUAAAAUGUGUUAUAAUGUUGUUCAUAAUAAUCUCGGCAAUAUUAGGAAAUUUGCUAGUCAUAGUGUCAGUGAUGAGACAUAGAAAACUGAGAGUGAUAACGAAUUAUUUCGUUGUGUCAUUAGCUUUAGCCGAUAUGUUAGUAGCAAUUUGGGCUAUGUGUUUCAAUUUUAGUGUAGAAAUUACCAAUGGGAAAUGGUUGUUCGGCUAUUUCAUGUGCGACGUGUGGAAUUCACUUGACGUUUAUUUUUCUACAGCUUCUAUAUUACAUUUAUGUUGCAUCAGUGUCGAUAGAUAUUACGCUAUCGUUCAACCGUUAGAUUAUCCCCUGAUAAUGACCACAGGGAAACUUGGCAUCAUGUUGGCUGUGGUCUGGUGUAGUCCAGCUUUAGUCUCCUUUCUCCCGAUCUUCAUGGGCUGGUACACAACAGAAGACCACAUGGAGUUCAGAAGAAGAUACCCAAAAGUGUGCAGUUUUACCGUGAACAAAGUGUACGCAGUGAUAUCGAGUAGUGUCAGUUUUUGGAUUCCUGGCGUGAUAAUGCUGUUCAUGUACUAUAGGAUAUAUGUGGAAGCGGAUCGACAGGAGAGGAUGUUAUAUAGGAGCAAAGUAGCAGCACUUCUCCUGGACAAGCAUCUGCAAAUCAACGGCAUUUCAAUGGGGGAGGUGAUGAGAGAGAGACAGAGCAUACAGAUGCAGCCGAUGGCGAGCAGUAAGAUGAAGAGGGAGCGGAAAGCGGCGAGAACGCUCGGCAUUAUUAUGUCUGCUUUCCUGGCUUGCUGGCUGCCCUUCUUUCUAUGGUACAUCAUAACAGCGCUGUGUGGCGACGCGUGCCCUUCACCACCGCCGGUGGUGGCCGCAGUGUUCUGGGUGGGUUACUUCAACUCGGCACUGAACCCACUCAUUUACGCAUACUUCAACAGGGACUUCCGAGCUGCGUUUAGAAAGACCCUAGGAUCUUGCUGCAGAUCGAUAUGCGGGGAAUUCGGUCGACGGUGUUGCUACAGACCACGUCGCGAACAUCCCCACUCCAACGCAUCAUCAGAUAUCCACAUGAAUAACUGUGUCAAGUCAACCUCAGCUGACCUGCUCAGAGCCCACCAGGCGUCCAGCUCGAGACCUGAGGAAAUCUUGGUGGAGAGCUAAACUGAAAAGACAGGCUAAAGACUAAUUUUAAACGGAUUUUAUAUUCGUGUCACACAUGCUUUUUAACUUAUUUGAAAAGAAUAAUGAGAUGAAAACAAUUCUGGAAUCGAGCGGGAUGUGAACCCGCGCCCCUGUCUAUCCGGGACAGUGCUCUUAACCAUUGAGCUAUUGAGACCAUGCCAGUUCGACUGAAUUAAUUCAUCUCUUUACGUCUUACGCUGACGAACAGUAUUUUCAUUAGAGUGUAGUACACCACACUACUACACUUAACUAUCCCGCUCGAUUCCAGAUUUUUUUGAUCGAUUAUUAUAUUUAAAGACCAUUUAUUUUCUUAAGUUGUACACUGACUGGGAAGGUAGACCGUUGAGAAAAGCACACGAAUUGGAAAAGAAGACCAUUUGGACAAGUAGAUCGAUCGAGAAAACGGAUCGAUCGUUCCAGAGGGCUUAUAUUAUAUUCAUCAAUGGUGUCCAAUGAGAUAUUACUAGGUACAAUAGAUAAUUGAUUUUAUAGAGAAAGUAUUAUAGUUUUCAAUUAUAAUGGGACACGAGUUCGACGUUGACAAAUACUAUGAAGUAACGUAUCGUGAGAUAAAUUAUUGGAAGCUUAUAUGAGGCCUGGGUUCCGAAGUUUAACAACUGAGGAAGUAAACGGAAAAAUGGUCAGAUAAGAGAGGGAAAUACUGGAAAACAAACACGGCAACGUUAAUUAUUUGUAUUAUGUAAAUGUUGCUUCUAUUUGAUAUGAAUAUUAUCAUAAGUUUAUCGCAAUAAUAUUUCGAGAAAAUAUUUACCGUGGGGACUUAACUCCUUUUCAUUUAGUGAGAUUGUAUUGGCUCAUAUGUAGUUUCGACGAUAGAUACGUCUUUUUCUUGUAACACAUCGAUCGCGCAGAAUGGAGACACAAUACCUACUUAGAUAUAAACAAUUGUUUGGCCGGCGCCAAGUGGCACCGGUUCGUAAGGUUGACGCUAAGACUAAACACAACCUGCCCAGAAAAAUGCUAGGUACGCCAUUUUGUGAAAACGGCGGCGCGUUAAAGUCAACGUCAAAGUUAACUGUAACUGCGCGCGACCAAAAGCAAACUCACUCUAAAACUGUGUAGAUACAAUUUGCGUUUUAUAUUUAUAUGUAAACAAAAUAUAUUUCUAUGUAAUAAUAUCUAUAUAGUGCAUUCGUAGGGUUGUGAUUCGAGUAGUAUUUGUGACCCGGAAUUCAGGUCAUAUUUGUAAUAAAAACAUCUUUCAUUAUAUGGUCGUUAAUAUACACGUCACACUGCGUGGUUCGUUAACUUUUUUAGAAGUACUUUUGUUGCUGUAUUUUUAGUAUUCGAUUAACAUAUAAUGAAAAAACUACGAGAAACCAGGAAUUACUGGAUAAAAAGGUUAUUAAAAAAAAUGUGUUGUCAACUCUUAAGUUAUUUAUAUAAAAAAUACUAAAUGUCCUCGUUAAAGAAUAACGUGAUAAAAAAAAUUGAUGCAAUAGGACAAGUCACACGGGUUUUUAUCCCCAAAGUCCAAAACAUACCUAUAUAUAAGACACAACUCGAUAAUACAAUAUUUUAUAACAUACACAUUACAUCAAAACAUCUAAGACCCAGAUCAAUCUGAAUUAUAUUUUCCAUUGUGACCGGGAAUCGAACCCGGGGCAUGGUGGGCAUAAUCAACCACUACAAUUAUUUGUCUAUCAGUGACCGUACUAAUUUUUUUACUAAAGUUUUUCAACAACGUCUCCUACGUUAUUGAUUUUAUAUUUUCGUACCGCACAUGAAUCGUUUACGUAAAUAUUUGAUGUCCUGCUAUUCUGACGUAUAAAUUAGUCAUGAGAAAUUGUAUAGCAUUAUAAUUUCUCCACACGAUGUUUACGUCAUAACAGCAGGACAUCAAAUAUUAACGUUGACUUGAUAAACACAUGUGAGAGUAAGUUUAUUUGCUAUACCUUCACCAAUUAACUAUAUAAUCUUUAAUAAAUAAUCAGCCAUUUAAACGUCCCCACCGCUGGGACACAGGCCUUCCUCUAGGAUAGAGCAUGGCACCCACCACACGGGCCUAUUGCGGAUUGGCGGCUUUUAGCGGGUGUAAAUUUCUAAUCAAGUGUUAAGUGUCAUUUAUUAAGCAUAUAGGCCCCACAUGCUUAGUCAAUGACGCUUAACUUUUCGUUUCGUAUGGGAGUAACCGCGAAAUCGCGAAAAUGGUCUGUUUAAAAAGUCUGUCUGAAAAAAAAAUUAAGAAAAUGUAUGGAUCGCCUGUAUUAUUUUUCGUGACUUCCGUGUUGCAAUACGAAAGGUUGUUAAGUAAUAUGGACUAAGCAUAUAGGUAAUUAAGUUCUCAGUGAUUAUAAAGUCAUCCUGCAUUAAAAUUCCCACUCUACUCGUAACAGCUUCGACUCCAAUCUUCACAAGCAUAAAAACAAAGCCCCCUUCCGCUGUAUCUCCUUUGGUAUGCUUAGAUCUUUAAGUCUACGCAACGGAAUAUCAUGCGGAUUCUUUAACAGAUACAUUCAAUAGUUUAUAUGUAUAUAACACUAGCUUUUGCAAGCGGCUUCGCCCGCGUAAAUUUCUCAGCGAAAGCGGAACAGACAUGAUUUUCAUACAAACUUUCACCCCCUAUUAUAGUCAUAUGGGGGUUGAUUUUUGAAAAAAAAGUAGCAUAUCUUUUAACACGGGUCUUUAACUAUAUGCAUAUCAUAUUUCAUCAAAUUUGUGCCAGCGGUUUAGCCGUAAAAGCGGAACAGACAUACAGCUUUUAACAUUUAUAGUAUGGAUGCAUAAUAUUGCACUCAUGCGAAGCCGGGGCGCUAGUUAUGUAAAAGCUACUAUUCGAGACGACAUAGACAGGAAUAGAAAGUAAUAAAGAACUAGAUGGAAUUCUUAGCAAGGCUUCACUUCUAUGCACUUUAUUAAGGUCAUUGUCAAUGAAUGCAUUAUUGCCUUGUUGAGUGGAAAUUAUUUUUUUGCAUUAAGUAUAUAUAUAUAGUAGGUAGACUUCUAUCACUAUAGUAAUAAAUAAAUAUAAAUAUAUUAGGACAAAUCACACAGAUUGAGCUAGCCCCAAAGUAAUUUCGAGACUUGUGUUAUGGGAUACUAACUUAAAGAUACUAUAUUUUAUAACAUAUAUAUAUAUAU